GAUGCCAGCAACAGAUGCUGUGCUAUAGCCUUUGCAGUCCUCGGCAUCUCUGCUCCUUGUAUACCAGAUAAUCAACAGCACCCUCUCAUAGAGGUUGGCCUGACCCUUAGAUCUCUCCAUUACUUUCCUAGAGUGCAAGCAUGAAGCUGCUUUCUAACAUUUUAUUUGCCAAGAUGGCAGGUAAAUGUUUCAUGGAAGUGAAAAAGAAAAUUAUGUCCGGUGACGAGAACGAAGCCUUGAAACCUGGAACAGAUGCCAAAAGGAAAGAAAAAGAGGCAAAGAUGACAUAUCACAGUGAGAUUGUGUGGAGGAAUGUAAUUCUCAUGUCUCUGCUUCACAUUGGGGCAGUGUAUUCGCUCGUUCUUAUUCCCCAGGCACAGAUACUCACUUUGCUCUGGGCAUAUAUUUGUUUUCUAAUAACCGCUCUGGGUGUGACGGCUGGUGCACAUCGCCUAUGGAGCCAUAGAUCCCUCAGGAUAUUUUUGGCCAUAGCCAAUUCUAUGGCAUUUCAGAAUGACAUAUUUGAGUGGGCUCGAGAUCACCGUGUGCAUCACAAGUUUUCUGAGACGGAUGCUGAUCCGCACAAUGCACGGCGAGGAUUCUUUUUUGCUCAUCUAGGAUGGCUGCUGGUCCGCAAACACAAAGAAGUAAUUGAUAAAGGAAGAAAGUUGGAUUUACAAGAUCUUUUGGCUGACCCAGUUGUUAUGUUCCAGAGAAAAUAUUACAAGACCUCUGUGAUACUCAUGUGCUUCACCAUUCCUACAAUCGUUCCUUGGUACUUCUGGGGAGAAAGUCUAUGGAACUCCUAUUUCCUGGCAUCUAUUCUUCGAUACACAAUAUCCUUAAAUGUGUCCUGGCUUGUCAACAGUGCAGCUCACAUGUACGGCAACAGACCUUAUGACAAAAGUAUUAGCCCCAGAGAAAACAAGUUUGUAACUUUUGGAGCUAUUGGUGAAGGAUUUCACAAUUACCAUCACACCUUCCCAUUUGAUUAUUCAGCCAGUGAGUUUGGUAUCAAAUUGAAUCCAACCACAUGCUUCAUCGACUUGAUGUGUGUCCUAGGACUGGCGAGAGAUUGUAAAACAGCUACAAAACAGAUGAUCUUGGCUCGCAAAUUGCAAACCGGUGAUGCAAGUUCUUGAGGACAUUAAAUAAAUUAUUCACAUGCAUAUCGAAUUCUUCUCGCCAAACUUACAGUACUUAUUUCAACCAUUACAAAAUGUUUAUUGUUCUUUUUUUCUU